UGCGGAUACGGUUACGUUUACGGCGGAUAAAAGAUACGGAUGCAGCAUUACCGCGAGGCGAAUUGAUUGCCACAUUGGAUUAUCAGUGAUAGAAAAGUGAAAAAGUGACAUUGAGGAAAGAACUGAGGCAACACUCAAAAAACUUGCCCCGUGAUUGAGAAAAGUUCCUAAUUAAUUUUAAAAACAAACACAGAUUGUGAUCCCGAUUGGAUUUGUGAUUAGAUUUGUGAAAAGUGUAACUCCGCAAGAGUUCCACAAAUUACAUAAAGGAAGGAUUAACAAAAUUGUGUUAAGCAUGGCCACUCUCCAGCAGCAUCAGAAGCUAAAGCUUCCAAUGGAUGAGGAACUUUCAGAGCUACAAACACCACCGCUACCCAUAAAUCCCCCACCCAAGGUGAUGGCCAAUGGCAUUGUCUAUGGCUUUCGCACUCGGCACUUGUCCUGCAUCGAGGAGAAUGACUCGGACUCCUUGCAUGGUUCAUCCAUUCCACAUGCCUACGACAUGAUGCAGCAGGCGGACGAAACCUUCCAGAAGCUGAAUGCCAACGAGGAGGUGGAUGAGUCCGGCAGCGAGGAGGAUGGCCUAGAGAAUCUGGACGACACGAUUGCCAUGAUCGAUGAGUCGCGGCUCUUGGAGGCGGAUUAUCUAGACGAACUGGUGGCCGAAGAGCAGCUGCAGCAGCAGCAGGAAGAGGGCUCCUCGGACCUCGUGGAUUCCGGCAAUGUGGAGGAGGACUUCUGGCAGCCAAGCUUCAAUCGCAACGACAUCAUGAUGACCUCCGUUUAUGGAACCCUCAAUGGCUCCAUGACCAGCGAGGUGUCUUCGACAGCUCCGCCGGGUUACUUUGAGUGUGCCACGCCCAAAAAGGAGGCAGAGCCUGUAUAUGCCACGCCGGAAAAGCGACGGGCGAGCAACAGGAGCUUCGAUUCCACCUGUGCCUCUUUAACCAGCUCAAUGUAUGGCGGAUCUAUGAGCUCUUCGCUGGACUUGAAGUACUCCUCCCUGGGUGGCGGAGACUCGGGCAGCGGUGGUAUCAGUGGCACCAGCACCUUGAGGGGAACUUCUGUGCCGCCCUUGGACAUAUCCAUGAUGUCCAGCGAUGGGGUGAGCGCCCUUGACUGGGGUUCGGCGAGUGUUAGCUGUGUCCUGGACUCUGGUGAUGGUAAUCCCGCCGAGGAGCUGAACGAGGAGAUGGCCGCCAAAUGCCUGAUAGCAGCAGAGAGUGAUCUCCAGUCCAUCCGACGUCUCCUGGAACACGAUGCCAGUGGCUCCGUGUGCCCCUCCUGUCGCAUCUCCUUCGACAAGGGCAAGAGACGGAAACUGAUCGACACCUGCGGCCACGAGCGCUGCUAUUCCUGUAUGUUCCGCAACGACCAGUGUCCCAUGUGCAUGAACAGUUCGCUGAAAGAUGUUGAUGGCGCCAAUGCUCAGGGCUAUGACACCGGAAUCGGUGGAUCCACCUCGACAAUUGUGAGUCCGCUGGGAUCGCCGCAGCCGCAGCUCAGGUCGCAUGCUCAGCGGAACGCGGCUCUGGCGCGCUACAUGCAGCAGCAUCGGCAGGAGUCCGAGUCGCCGGAUUACCACCACCGCUAUGCGAGCAAUGGCAAACUGCCCCGGGCUGCGGCCUCUGCGAAUGGCAUUGGCACCACACAAACCGUAACCGUCGAUGUGCACCACCAACAUCACAACGGAGGAGGAGGAGUUGGAGGAGCUGCCGCCAAGCAGUUCAUGGCCAACAGCGCUAUUGGACACAGUCGCAGCAGCAGUUUGAGCCACAACAUCCAUGGUGUCUACAGUGAACUGAGUGCCGCACCACCGGCCUUUGCCACACCGCCGACGCGCAGGCGUUUCUUCAACCACAAGAAUCUGCGCAGCGCCCUCAUCGGAGGAGGAGGAGGAGGCAGUGGCUCAGCUGGAGGAGGAGUGAGCGGCGGCCAUCGACGCACUGCCUCCAAUGGGGGCUGUCCUACUGACACGGCUUCGAUACUAUCGGGAGAUCAUCCCCAUCAACAUAACCACGAACACGAUCAUCAGGCAACCGGCAAGGAGUCCAAUGCUCUUAAUACAUCGACCUGCUCGGAUUCGGCGGUCACCCGAAGGCGGCGCAAGAACGUGAGCAACCACAACCUAAAGACCUCCGCCCGGGAUGGAGCGGGCAGCGAGAACCGCCUGAACAGGCUCAGCCUGGCAGGGACCUCCGUCUAUGCGGGGCAUCUGUCUUCAUUGGUCUUUGGCAAGAUCAAGUCGCUGUGGAGUGUCAAUUCAUCCAAUUCCAGCGAGGCGGGAUUGAACCAGCUAGCAGGUAGUGACGCCCUCGAUCAUCACUCCUCUUUGCUCCUAAACGAGAAACUGCAAAAGGACCAGCUCCAUGCCCGACUUGGUCUGCUGUUGAACGAUCCUGGAAGCAAUGGAAACAGCAGUAGCAGUGGCAGCGGAUGCGAUCCCAUCUCCGCCCACUCCACCACCAGCACCACCAGCAGCAGUGGAGUGGGAGCGGCCAGCACCACCACAAGCGGCGGCUCAUCGCAGAACGUAAGUCCAGAGCAGACGCUGGCCAGCGGGGGCGGAUUGCUCAGCGGCAGCCAGCUGUCAGUGGCCACCAGUCAUGGCAUCAAGGAGGAUGCCCUAAGUCUGUGUGGAAAAUUCAAGACCGGCGGCUCCAUGCUCCAUGUCUACGAAGCCCUUCCUGGCAAGAGUCGCAAGGGAAAUGUCAGAAGGUCAACUCGUGGUCAGCAAGGAUCCAGUUCCAACUCAUCGGCGGCGGCUUCAGGUGCCUCGAGGGUUGCAGCCUCCACCUUGGCGGCUGUACAACUGGCCCUCAAGCCUCUCUUUUUCGAGGUGCCACUGCAGGAGCCCGAUCCUCCAUAUGUGGGUCGCCAAUGGCUAGUGAAGCAGCUGUCCAACAUUCUCCUAGGAACCGAGACCCGGGUGGUGCUGAUCAAUGGUCAACCCGGCACUGGAAAGACCGCCUUUUGCCUACAGCUGGUGGAGUACUCCUGCUUCGGCCGACGACAGAUGCAGGAGGAUCCGGAUGGCAUCUACAGCCAGCUGCAGUUGGGCGCCCACUGCGAGCGGAUGCGUGGUCUGGCCUCUCACAUGGUUGGCUACCACUUCUGUCAGGCGGACGCCAAUCUCACCUGCCAGGUACCGGACUUUGUCCACUCGCUGGCCGCCCAGCUCUGCCAGGCCCCACAGCUGACUGCCUACAGGGAUUACCUCCUGUCCGAACCGCAUCUGCAGGACAUUCUCAGUGUGCGCGAGUGCAUCGCGGAUGCGGAGAGGGUGAUGAAGCUGGCCAUACUGGAGCCGCUGGCGCAGUUGCAUCGGGCGGGCAAGAUUCCUGCCAAGGUGGCCGUCAUCCUAGUGGAUGCCUUGUGCGAGGCGGAGUACCAUCGCCCCGAUCAUGGGCACACCAUUGCCAGUUUUUUGGCGCAGCUAACACCACACUUUCCCGCCUGGCUGAAGCUGGUGGCCACCAUGCGGACCCAGAUGCUAGAGCUGGUCAAGGCUCCCAGCUACACGCAGGUCACGCUGGACAGUUGGGCCAGCAGCCAGGCUUUGCAGCAGGACAUGCUUGACUAUAUAGGAGCCCGCCUGGCGGAUAGUCCCGAGAUCAGGAUGAACAUUGGCGGAGGAGGUCAGAACGCGCAGGCAGGCACCCAGCCGCAGACCAAGUUCGUGUCUCAUCUGCAGUCCCUGAGCAGGGGUUCCAUGCUGUACACCAAGCUCAUCUUGGAUCUCAUUGGGCGUGGCCAGCUGGUGAUCAAGUCCUCCAGCUACAAGGUCCUGCCCGUGUCGCUGGCUCAGAUCUUCCUGCUGCAUUUUAAUCUGCGCUUUCCUACCGCUCGAAGCUUUGAGCAGGCUGCUCCGAUCCUGAAUGUCUGCCUGGCAGCUCUGUAUCCUCUGACGCUGGACGAGAUCUACUAUAGUAUGGAGGCGCUGAGCCACGGCCGGGAGGCUCUGAGUUGGCCGGACUUUAUGCAGCGCUUUAAGCUGUUGGAUGGAUUCCUCAUCAAAAGGUUGGACAACACCUACAUGUUCUUCCACAGCUCGCUGCGGGAGUGGCUAAUGCGUAGGGAUGAGGGCGAGUCCAGCAAGUUUCUCUGCGACGCCCGAUUGGGUCAUGCGGCCAUUGCCUUUCGACUGUCCCGACUGCAGGCACCGCUGUCACCGCAGCUCACCCUGGAACUGGGUCACCACAUGCUGAAGGCGCACUUGUACGGUGGCACCACUCAGGCUCUGCUCUCUCCCAGGGAUCUGCAAUCGUAUUGGCUGGCCGGAGCGGCGGAUAACAUCUCCUCCUCGCUGGGCGCCUUGCGAAAUGUGUACAGUCCAAAUCUGAAGGUCUCACGACUGGUUCUCCUGGCUGGAGCCUCGCCUAAUCAUCGGACGGAUUACAUGGGAGGAGCGCCCAUUCUUUGCAUUGCUGCCCAUGAGGGCAUCCUGCCGAUGGUGAGCCUUCUCCUGGAGUUUGGUGCCGAUGUGGGCCUAACGAAUAGCCAGGGAUGCACUCCCCUGAUCCUGGCCGCCAUGCGUGGCCACUGCGAUGUAGUGCGUCCCCUGGUGGCCGCUGGCAGCAGUCUCGGCCAGCUGGACAUCACCCAGCGCUGUGCCCUGGUUCAUGCUGCUCGCAUGGGUCACCUAAGUGUGGUCAAGUAUCUGCUGGCCUGUGACUGGACGCCCAGGCCGCACUCCCAGGAUGUGACCCGAUCCAUGGCCCUGCAGCAGGCGUUGAUUGGAGCUGCCGCGCAGGCCCACUGCAAGAUCCUCGAGGAUCUGCUGGACCUCAACGAAACCGAGUUCGACCUGGACGUGAAUGGAAUGGAGCCGAGCAGCGGAGAAUUGGCCCUGACCGCCGCCGCCCGUCAUGGCUGCGUCGAUGUGGUGGGCAUCCUGCUCUCCCGCGGUGCCCAAAUCGAUGCCAGAAAUCGGCAGGGAUACUCAGCUCUCUGGCUGGCCGUCAAGGAGGGCCACUGGAGCGUGGUGGAGCAACUGCUGCAGCGAGGGGCGCUGCUGGACGAGCCACUGGGACAGACGCGAAAGACGCCGCUGAUGAUAGCAGCGGAGGAGGGCCAUCUAGAGCUGAUGGAACUGCUCCUAGCCCGGGGCUCUGCCUUGGAAGCUCAAGAUCAUGAAGGAUUCACGGCCCUCAGCUGGGCCUGCCUGCGUGGACACUUGGCGGCGGCCAAGACCCUCAUCGAGCACGGCUGCAAUCGCCACCAUGAGGAUCACAAUGGACGCACUGCCCUCGAUCUGGCCGCCUAUCAGGGAGCUGCCAGUCUGGUCCUGUAUCUACUGGAUCAAGGAGGCAACCUGGAGCACAUCGACGUGCAUGGCAUGCGGCCGCUGGAUCGAGCCAUAGCCUGCAGGAAUAUCCAGGCUGUGCAGGUUUUCCUGCGGAAGGGUGCCAAGCUGGGACCCACCACCUGGAGCAUGGCCAUGGGCAAGCCGGAAAUACUGGUGGUGCUGCUCAACAAGUUGCUGGAGGAUGGCAAUGUCCUGUACAGGAAAAACCGCUUUCAGGAGGCUGCCCACCGGUACCAGUACGCCCUGCGAAAGAUCUCGGGGCUGGAGCAGCUGCUCGAGAGGAAUGCAAUCUUUGCCCAGCUGCGGACCAAUCUCCUGCUGAAUCUGUCGCGCUGCAAGCGAAAACUGAAUGAACUUGACGCCUCCAUAGAUUUGGCCACGCAGGCGAUUGCCCAAAAACCACACAGCUAUGAGGGCUACUACGCCCGGGCAAAGGCGCGCAUGGAGCUGGGAGCUCUUAACGAAGCCCUGGUGGAUGCCAACGAGGCCAUGCAGCAGGCAGCCCAGAGCGGCGUCCUAUGCGAGGUGGUCGAGGUGCUGAAACGCAUCCAGACCGAACUGCUCACCCGGAUAACCAUCAGCAGCGAGGAUCAGUCUGGCAGGAGCGGGGUCUCCUCCUCCUCCGCUGCAUAUGAAUCUCACCACGAGAUCACCGAUUUGUAAAUGUCAGUUGUUGUUGUGAAAUGUUGUACUCAUCGUAUCCCAUUCGAAUUCUAUUCUAUGCUAACCUUAGGGCUACCCUAGACCUUACUUCAAAUAUAUGCUAUUUAUUGCCUUGAAUGUUUUUUUGUAAGUUAAACACACUGAAGAUUAAUUUGUAAUAUUUUUUAAAAGUUUCGUUUUAAUUGUGUGACUACGCAUGUAAAAAUUAGUUUUAUACAAAUCCUUUUUUUUAAGGCUUCAGUUCUUAUCGAUAAUAAAUAUUAAAUAAAUGCGAAUUUUAUAAGAUUUAAA